GCCAGCCCGGGCCCCAGACGCGGCGCGGGCGGCGCGGGCAGCGCGGGCGGCGGGCGGGCGCGGAGGCUGCGGACGGGGAUGGGAGCGGGGCCCGGCGGCCGGCCGCUGCACCCGGAGCCCCGCUGAAGCGGCCGCGGAGCGCCGGCGCGGGAGCCGACAUGUGUCUGCGCCUGGGUGGCCUGAGUGUGGGUGACUUCCGGAAGGUGCUGAUGAAGACAGGGCUGGUGCUGGUAGUGCUGGGCCACGGGAGUUUCAUUGCAGCAGCUCUGCUGCACGGCACCGUGCUGCGCUACGUGGCUACCCCGCACGACGCAGUGGCUCUGCAGUACUGCGUGGUCAACAUCCUCUCUGUCACGUCUGCCAUCGUGGUCAUCACCUCGGGCAUUGCAGCCAUUGUGUUGUCACGCUACCUCCCCAACAUCCCCCUGCGCUGGACAGUGUUUAGCUCGAGCGUGGCCUGUGCCCUUCUCUCUCUGACCUGUGCCCUGGGCCUCCUGGCCUCGAUCGCCGUGACCUUUGCCACCCAAGGCCGGGCACUGCUGGCUGCCUGCACUUUCGGAAGCCCCGAACUGCUGGUACUGGUGCCCGACUGUCCCUUCGACCCCACACGCAUUUACAGCUCCAGCCUGUGCCUCUGGGGCAUCGCGCUAGUGCUCUGCGUGGCAGAGAGCGUGUUUGCGGUGCGCUGCGCCCAGCUCGCCCACCAGCUGCUGGAACUGAGGCCCUGGUGGGGGAAAAGCAGCCACCACAUGAUGCAGGAGAGCCCAGAGCCUGUGGAGGGUCGUGACCUGCUGAGCUGCGCCAGCUCUGAGCCGCUGACCCUCUGAGAGCUGAUGCCCCAUCCAGGCCCCGUGACCGCUGGGGCCCCCGCAACCAAGUCUGCACUGUGACCAGAGGUUUCACUGGUCACUCAGGGACCCGGGUGGGGCUUCCGACCCCCUCCCUCAGCUACCCAGCCCACUGCACUGAAAUGAGACUUUAUUCUGAAGUUAUUAAAAAGAACAGAGAUGUUCCA